CGGCUGGGAAACACGGCCUACCGCGGCUCACAGUGCGCUGGCAGAGCCGUAGAAAUAGGCGGCAGUGCUAAGACAUCGCGCCGAUCCGUCCGACGAGCAAUAAUGGCUGCCGCCGAUGCUCCUGAGCAGGGCCGGGCCCCGGAGAGCGCCGCCGCAGCAGCGGCCGCAGCGCCGGCACCGAGCGCUGAUGCCGAGCAAAGCCGCGCCGCAGCGCCGGCCGCAGCAAAAACCGAGGACGCCAAAGGAGUGAUACUCUUCAGCAACUCAAGGAGCGGCGGCGGCAAGGGCAAACAAGUGCUCGACGCCUUAAGCGACAUCAUCGGCAAGGACCGCGUCUUCGAUCUUGGUGAGAACCCCCACCCGGAACAGAUCCUCGCCCAGCCCCACAUCGUAGAAGAAGCGAGGAAUGGCCUGCGAGUCAUCGUUUGUGGGGGAGACGGCACGAUGACCUGGCUCAUGGCCGCUAUUGAUGUGGUGAAAAAUGAGGUCGAAGGCGCGAAGCACUGCCACUACUUGAUCGCGCCGAUGCCGCUGGGUACCGGUAAUGAUCUCGCGCGGUCGCUGAACUGGGGCGGUCAUUUUUCUCGCAAAUGUACUUCUGAAAAGUGGGUCGCUCAGGUGAAAAACGCGGAGCCGAAGCUUUUAGACAGGUGGGCCUGUUCGGUCAUGCCCAACGCCGAGGGCCAGCGAAAUAAAACGGUCCUACAUGUCCCGGAGGUCUUCUCGGUCCACGAGUACUCGGCGCACGUCGACGAGGCCGAGACACAUACGGUGGUGCGGAAGGGCCGGCACCACUCGGCGCGGAUGACCGCGCGCGUGCAGGACCAGCUAAAGGACCACGCGUCCCAGGCGUCUACUCUAGCCUCCGUCGAUGAAGUGGAAGACAGUUUCGACGCCACAGUGAAAGAAACAAAUUUGCCAAUAAGUGAGAGAAGGCCCUCCAUUUCGCAACACGUCAAGCCGAGCGAGACCGUCUUGAAAUUAGGCGGCACGUGGCGGUCCUACGACGGCACGUUCUCGAACUAUUUCAGCAUCGGGCUAGAUGCCGCUGGUGCGUUCGCGUUCCAUGCUGAAAGAAGGAAGAACCCGGCUAGAUUCAGUUCGAGGGCCAAGAACCAGCUGUUAUACGCGUGGCUGGGGAUGAAAGCGACCGGAGGGUGCUGCGGCUGCCAGGGGCCUCCACCUAAACUGAUUGAUGUGACAACGGUCCUCUGCAAGGUCGAGGACACGUGGGAGGAGGUAACGCUCCCGAAGAGUUGUAGGGGGCUGAUUGUCUUGAAUCUGCAGUCGUACGCGGGCGGCCGCAAUUUAUGGGGCAGAGAUAAGGAAACGACAAGCGACGACGGCGUCCUGGAGAUCGUCACGGUCGACGACGUCUUCAGCCUCGGCUGGAAGCUCGUGACGACCAAGGGUUUAGGUGGAAGCUGCCGGCGACUCAUAAGGUGCAAGGAGCUGCGCGUCCGCGCGACCGAAAAGCUCCACAUGCAAAUUGAUGGAGAGCCCUGGGCCCAGCCGCCGGCGACGGUGCACAUCAAGGCGAUCGGCCGGUCGCAGGUCCUCGCGAAGCGUUAGUGUGUUAAGUGAUACUUGAAGUUUA